AGAAGGCAGGCGCCCUCCCGCCCAGACAGACCGCCGCCGACGCCCCAGCACGGCACACCGCGCCGCACGCAGCCCGCAAGCAGUCGUGCAGGUACACCGCACCGCACCGCGCACGAAGUUCGCAGUUGAGGGAGAAGAAGUCGGCCUUCAGAAUUGCCCCUUGUCUCACCAUUUGAGGAGGAGCGAGCCAUGGCAGUGGCCAGCAGCGGCGAGGGCAGCCAUGGGCGGAUCGCCGAGUGGUUCCGCGGUCGGUCGCUGCUGGUGACGGGCGGCUCCGGCUUCAUCGGCAAGGUGCUGCUCGAGAAACUCCUGCGCUCGCUGCCACAACUGGGCACCGUCUACGUCCUGCUCAGGGGCAAGCGUGGGGACUCGCCAGCUGCCAGGCUCGAGAACAUCAAGCGCCUGCCGCUGUUCGACAGGUUGCGGCGGACGGACCCCUCGGCGCUGGAGCGCCUGCAGGCGGUGGAAGGAGACGUGCUGCGCGCCGACCUGGGGCUGCAGCCCCCGGACCGCGCCCGCCUGCUGGCCGAGGUGUCCGUCGUCUUCCACUGCGCCGCCACGCUGCGGCUCGAGGCGGGGCUGAAAGCCGCCAUCGAGCACAACACGGCGGGCACGCUGCGCCUGCUGCACCUCUGCCGGCGCAUGCGCCACCUCCAGGUAAUAGUUCACUUAUCAACAGCAUUCUGCCACUGUGAACAAGAGGUGCUAGAGGAAAAAAUUUACCCACCACCUCAUGAUCCACAUGAUAUCAUGCAUUUAGUCCAAUGGCUGGAUGAAGAAUCUCUUGCUUCUAUCACACCAAAGCUUCUGGGUCCACAUCCAAACUGUUAUACAUACUCCAAAAGACUAGCAGAAAGUCUUGUAUAUGAAGAAUCAAAAAACUUGCCAGCUGUUAUUUGCCGCCCAUCCAUAGUGACACCAGUUUUCAAUGAGCCAUUGACAGGAUGGGUCGACAAUCUCAAUGGUCCUGUUGGUAUUCUGGUUGGUGCAGGAAAGGGAGUUAUUCGCUCCAUGCUUUGUGGACCAGAUUUUUGUACUGAAAUUAUACCUGUUGACAUAGCGGUCAAUGGAAUUAUAACAGCUGCAUGGGAUACAGCAGUCAGAAGACCAGAUGAGAUGCCUGUGUAUAAUUUAUCAACAUCAUCUCUGGUGCAGAUUACAUGGGGUGAAGUAUUAGAACGUGGACGUCAGAUUGUGUAUGAGAAUCCAUUUGAAGGUGCUGUUUGGUAUCCUGACGGAAAUAUUCGUACAAAUCAAACAGUACAUUAUCUUCAUGUACUCCUUUUUCACAUAUUUCCAGCUUAUGUAAUCGAUUUUCUACUGCUGCUUGCUAUGCAGAAGAGAUUCAUGGUGAGGCUCCAGAACAGAAUAAGCAAUGGACUGAAGGUGCUGCAGUACUUUACAUUGAGGCAAUGGAAUUUUGACAAUAAGGAGAUUCUUGAGCUAAGUAGUCGCAUGACAAAAGAGGAUUGUGAAACAUUUUAUAUGGCAAAUGUUGAGUAUGAUGUUGAUAGUUAUCUGCUGGCAUGUGUUCUUGGUGCAAGGCAAUACUGCAUGAAAGAGCCAUUAUCUUCACUUCCAAGAGCCAGGCGGCACCUAAAAAUGUUGUACUGGCUGGACUGGCUGGUGAAGAUGAUGUGUAUUGGCUUCCUGCUCUAUGUAAUGUAUCAAUAUGCUAGACCAUCAAAAGCUCUGGUCAUCUCUUCUGUGGAUGGCAUGAAGUUAUCUGGUGUCAUCAGCAGUUUCAUUUCUUAAAAAAAAAUUAGUACCUGCACAUUAAUGAUAUAAAUAGGACAAACUUUUGAUGCAUGAGAAGUGUCACUAUACUCUGAUUAAAAUUACUUUGUGAUUGGGGUUUCAGCGAGUCAAGUAGUAGGGGUGAUCCACAUCCAAUCAGUUCUUUCCUGAGUGCCAUGUGCUCACUGUAUUGUCUAUUUUGUAGAUUGAGUACAGUGCCUUGUGAAGUGUGGCUGGCUGUACACAAGCAACUCUGCCCCCUGCCACAGCUAUCUGUCAAUCACAAAGAAAUUUUAACUGGAGUAUAAAUACCUGAAUCAAGUUUAAUAGCAUAGUAAUAUUACUACUACUACUGAAUCUGCACAUGUUUACUACAACAAAAAAAUAUUUUCGACAUUCAACAAGGAUAUAUGGAUGAAUUUUUCUUUGAUAUCUAAUAAAUUACGCUGUGUCAAACUGUGAAAAAAUCUCUAAGCACUAAUUAUAUGUGCUUUUUUUGCUUUUCAUUAUUGUACAUAUUCUAAAUAGUAAUUAGUUAUUUCUAACAUUUCACAUUUAUACAUAUGUGUGUCAGAAAAAAGUAAUACAAUUGCUAAAAUGAAUAGAAAAAAAUGGAAAUUUUUCAAGAUAAUAUGGGGCUCAUACGACAGGGAGGAAAGAAGAGAAUGAGAGGUAAUGUUAGAAAAAAGGAUAGAUUGCUACUCAUUGUAAAGAUGACCCAUUGAGUUUCAGACAGAAAAGACUGAUACACAAUAUAGCUUUCUGCCAAAGGCUUCUUCAGAAAAGAAAACAUGCACACAUUCACACAAGCAAGCACACCUCAUACACAUAUGACUACUACCACAGGCAACUCUGAUUGAAAUUACCAGUGGCAGUGCUCAUGUGCUUGCUUGUGUGAAUUUGUGUGUGUUUCCUUUGCUGAAGAAGGCUUUGGCUGAAACCUAUAAUGUGUAUCAGUCUUUUCAUCUUGCCUGUCUGCAACUCAAUGUGUCAUUUUUAUGGUAGUAUAAAUCUAUCUUUUUUAAAAUAUUGUUGAUAUUCCAGCCUGGAGCUUCCAUUGUUUAAGAAUGAGAUGUAAACACUUUGUUGUUGGACACCUUGACUUACUCAAAAUCUCUGAAGUUCUCUUUCAUCAUGGGAUUAUAAUAUAUUUUUCAGAAACCAUGACAAGACAAAUUCAUUGGUGAGUGUCAAGUUGUAAAGUUGCCAACCUAUUACUUUGUCCCAAAGUCUCAUAUAAUGUUUGCAUUAACCUUGUGUGGUCAAAGAUAGCAGUAAACUGUUUAUGAAUGAUGCACACAAUGCUGCACAAUUUAGUUUUCAUUUUUCUUCGUGUUUAUUAACAUGCAGCUUAUUUUGAUGAUCAUCUUUGUGAACUGUAUGACAUCUGUAUCCCGGCACGGGUCAGUAAGUCACACCUAGUCAAAGCAUUUUCAGGAAGUUUACAAGUGGUGUUGAUUAACAAUUAGCUGUGCACUUUGAUGAUUUCAAAUGACACACAGUAACUUUUCACAAUGAUAGCUAAACACAUGAUUUUGUGGGCAAUGCCCAUCUAUUAGCAUGCAUCUUAGAAAAUAUUACAUACUGGUACAAUACUAAACUGUACCAUUUUAGAUAUUAACACAGAAGACAUGAAUAUUAAAAAUGAUAAAGAUAUAAUAGGUAGUAAAAGAAGCUGUUCAAUUACUAGUUGUAUAAUUAGAAAAUGGUGAGAUUAUUGAUAUUUUUUACAGGAGAGCAAUUUAAUGUGAAAGGGGAGUUCCAUAGUUCACCAGAAAGUUUCUAGGAAGUGAAGUUUUCUAAUUGGAAUAAUUAACAAACUAACAAGUAUUUUAGGGAAAGUAUGUAUUUUUGAAAGCUGAAAGUCGAUGCUACAGAAAAAUAGCACUGGUUUUGGAAAGAAGUAAAUUUUAAGAUUCAGUCAUACUGGAACACUUAAGAUUUUCUGUAAAAAUAACCUCUGAAAUAUUGAUUUUUUACAAAAAGUAACAUGUUUGUUGAAAGGUGGAGACUAUAGGCUUUUAAGUGAACUAUGUUAAUCUUGAAAGAGACAACUUGGAAACAUAAAUUAAAAUACUUCUUUAAAUAAAAUGUUUCUAUAAGAACUAAAUAUACCAUUACUGUCAGCAGGCUAAAAAGUAUCCUAUGAAUAAUAAAGUUUUGUGAAAUGUGCCAAGAGCAUAAAAUUAGUUGUUUCUUGAACUACCAUAAAAUAAGGAAAUGGUAACCACUCAUUUAUAGUAUUCAAGGGGUGGCUAGAAAAUAAGAGGACUAUUGCUGCAAAAUAUUUUAUUUCAAAAACAUACAUAUUUGAUUAUUGUCACCCUCAGCAUACUCCCCUCCUCUGUAUAGCAUUUCAUAUGAUUUUUCCAUUGAUGGAAACAAUGCUUGAAGUCUUCCUCUGUGAGCUCCUUGAUUACACAUGCUGCUUUCCCUUUCUCUUCUUCAAUUAACUGAAAUCUUGUUCAAUGUCUUCUUGGCCAACUUGAAAAUGCUUGAACCUCAAAAACUUGUGCUUGUGAUAAACAGUCUUUGCCACACACUUCUUUUAGUAAGAGAUAGGUUUCAGUAUCAGUUUUUCUGAGUUUAAUGUGAAACUUCACUGGCACAUGUGUACUUACUCCGUGACAGUAUCAGUCCCGUUGUUUUAUAGCCACACCUCAUAGACACACAUAACAGGAAACAGUCUUCAUGCUAUCUUUAGAGCUCUUGCUCUUUUCUAGAAAAAGUACGCUCAUGACCAUACAGACACCCAAACACACAAUCCUGUAGCAGUGGCAAGACAAGUUGUUAUGUAUUAUUAAUGUAAACAAAUCAGGAAAGAAUAAAAGUAAUAUAAGUGACAUAAAAAUAUGUAACACAGCUCCACUUUGCUCUGUCUGCAAUGUUUUUCCAUCGAGCUUGCUCAUUAUUGAGGAAGAGAUUCUCUGACACAUUACUGAACAUCUCAAUGUCAAUGGUGUGAGGCCCCAUACUCAUUGAUUUAAGGAAAAAGACUGUUCUGCAGCAGUGUACAAUAAAUUAAGCUAAUUACUGUGUUUUCAUCAAAAAUAAAGAUCCAUAAGACUUUGUUAGCAAUUUGGUAUAUACACAUUUUUGAUUGGUGACCCCCUUUUUCAUGUCUAAGUGAUACAUGUGUAUUUUGCAUUUCUAAUAUAGGCAUUGUUUCUGCUUUGUUUCCCAAUUAUACUGAUCAUUGCCUUAUCACAAAAAAUUAUGCACGGAAGUGUCACUUCCUUCCAUGUGUUUGCUGUGAUACACCUCAUUUUAUUUGACCACAAGCUGGUGUAGUGUGACCAUCAUAUUUCUUCUUUAUCAAACAAUGGAAAAUCCAGGAUGAAAUGUAACAAUAUUAUGAAAAGGAAAGUUUCCAUUCACCAUAUAGCGGAAAUGCUGAGUUGCAGAGAGGCACAACAAAAAGACCAUCGCAGUACAAGCUUUCAACCAACAAGGCCUUAGUCAAAAAUAAAAACAAACACACACACACACACACACACACACACACACACACACACACACACACACACACACACACGACUGCAGCCUCUAGCAGCUGAAGCCACACUGUGAGCAACAGCAGCAGUGCAUGAUGGGAGUGGCAACUGGGUGGGGGUAAGGAGGAGGCUGGGGUGGGAAGGAGGAGGGACAGUAGGGAAGGGGUGGGGAACAGUGAAGUGCUGCUGGGGAGUGCACAAGGAUGAGGUGGAUUAGAGUAGAGCAGUUAGGUGCAGUGAGGACGUUAGAUGGAGGGCAGGGGAGAGGUGGGGGGGUGGCAGAAAAGGAGAGAAGUAAAAAUACAGGGUGCAUUGGUGGAAUGAGAGUUGUGUAGUGCUGGCAUGAGAACAGGGAUGAGGCUGGGUGGGUGAGAAAAAUAACUAAUGAAGAUUGAGGCAAGGAGGGUUACAGAAAUGAAGCCUGCACAAUUCAGAAAAGCUGGUGUUGGUGGGAAGGAUCCACAUGGCACAGGCUGUGAAGCAGUCAUUGAAAUGAAGGAUGUCAUGUUGGGCAGCAUGCUCAGGAGCAGGAUGGUCCACUUGUUUCUUGGCCACAGUUGGUCGGUGACCAUUCAUGUGGACAGACAGCUUGUUGGUUGUAAUGCCCACAUAGAAUGCACCACAGUGGUUGCAGCUUAGCUUGUAGAUUACAUGACUGGUUUCACAGAUAGUCCUGCCAUUGAUGGGUUAGAUGAUGUCUGUGACCGGACUGGAGCAUGUGGUGAUAGGAGACUGUAUGGACAGGUCUUGCAACUAGGUCUAUUACGGGGUUAUGACCCAUAAGGUAAGGGGUUGAAAGCAGGGGUUGUGUUGGGAUGGAUGAGUAUUGUGUAGGUUCAGUGGAUGGCAGAAUAUCUCUGUGGGAGGUAUGGGAAGGAUAGUGGGCAGGACAUUUCUCAUUUCAGGGAAUGACAAGAGGUAGUAAAAACCCUGGCUGAGAAUGUAAUUCAGUUGUUCCAGUGCUGAGUGGUACUGAGUUGCGAGGGGAAUGCUCCUCUGAGUGGCUGUCCAAUGAGCUAGCCCGCGGGUGGCUCCUCAUUCUCCCACAAGCCACCAGACGCUUUCCCCCAACUCCCUCCCUGCCCCCUGCCUCCUGCCUCUCUUCAUUCCUCACCCCACCCCACCCCACCCCACCCCACCACACCUUGCACCUCCAUCUCACCCCAGUACACUCACCACGGGCCAGGAAAGAGAUGGCAGUUGAAUGAGCACCAUGUAGGGAGACGCACAUGUGUGUGUGUGACAACACAGUGCUUCUGCCUUUCAGUGAGUCGUCUUUUUAUUUCUGAAUAAUUCGUUAUUCUCAACCAGAACUUUCUGUGUGUUAUUAAAACCAACAGUGGUGACUGUAAAAUGACUCUGUUGUCACCAGUACCCACAAAGGAUCAUAUAUUUACCUUUUUCAGGGCCUUAUUGUAUGCAAGUGACAGCCUAAUGUUCUUAUUAUCAAAAUUUCAUAAUUGUUAUAAGCAUUUUUAGAUAAAUAUGGACACCAGAAGAAAUUGGAAAAUACGUUCUAUUCACUGUUUGCAUCUCCAGAGAUAAUAGUGUUUUGUACAGCCCAUUUUUCUGAACAGUGUAUAUUAAAAUGUGUAUCAUUUUUUAUUUAUAAGUAUGUCAGAGACUGGAAAAACACCAUCUGUAAUGUAAAAAUUAAUGUGGUUAAGGAGAAAUAACGUAAAAAGUUUAAAACUGUUUGACAGCUCAGAGAUAAGUUGGACUGUGUGCUUAAGAAAUAAAAACAUAGUGAUUAA